UGUUUGUCACGUGUUCGACCGCGUCUCUCUCCCUCGGCGCAGUCAAUUCCACGGGCGGCAGCGCGACGAAAUCUUCUAGGUUUCCAGAGUCCUCAGAAAAACCCACUUCCAAAUCAAACCAAACCCCUCGCCAUCUUCAUCCCCUACCCAUCCCCUCCUCCCUCCCUCUCUCUAAUACAUCUUACCGUCAUGGCCACCGUCUACCGGUGCGCGGAGUGCAGGGCGGACCUGAAUCUGAGCACCGCCCACCUCUUCCCGCCGGACGCCUACUUCGAGGCCGGGAACAAGGGCACGCUCUCCUUCUCCUGGGUGGACGACUCCAAGCUCCGGUUCUCCAAGGAGGACAAGAUCCGCCCCUUCUUCGAGACCGUCAACUACUGGGGCAUCCAAAGGAAGCGCACCCGCAUACAGUGCGACUCCUGCGGCCGCCUCCUCGGCUACGUCUACGACGACGGCCCGCCCCUCAUGCGGGGAAACGGCCAGCUCGGCUUCGGCCCCAGCCAGGCCAUCCCCCGGUGCCCCAGGUACCGCUUCAAGACCAAGGCCCUCGCUGUUGCUACCUCUUGAUGAUGAUGAUCCUGAUGAUCUCUGGUUGCUUUUUCUGAAUUCGAUUUGAGCGAGAUGAAUGGGAUUGUUGACUCUUUUGUGAUUAUUGUGAAUAUUUUUGUGAUAUGGCUCAUAAAAAGAUCGGAUUGGAUUUCUAGACAUGUACUCUCUGACUACUGAUAAUUUAUAUGAUGCAGGUAAUGAAAAGAUCGGAUUUUUAUGAGUGUAUUCUGGGAUUAUCGUGAAUGUAUGUGAUGACGGUGUUGAGAAGUUGGGAUUUUUAAAACAUCUAUUCUGUGAUUAUUGUGAUUUUAUAUAUUGUGGACAUUUCAAAAAGAAAGAAA